GAUUAAUUAAAUAACGAAAAGCCUCCCUCUCUCUCUCUCUCUCUCUCUCUCUUUCUCUCUCAUUUUCGUGCUUCCCGCAAAAUUUCUGGCGAAGGUUUCCCACAGCUUCGUUUUGUGGGGACUUGAGCCACCGAGUCUUCGAUGCGAUGGCGUCCGCUGUUACGAGUAUGGCUGCCGAGGCGUUCGAUCGAGUCGCAGCCGUGUUGGACGUGCCUUUCGCUCGUGCCGUCGUCUUCGGAGUGCACAUCGAUGGGCAUCUGGUGGUAGAUGCCAUACUGGUGGCCGCGAUUGUGUUCUUGCUUCUGCAGAAGAGUUACAAGCCCCCAAAGAAGCCACUUACCGAGAAGGAGAUAGACCAGCUUUGUGAAGAAUGGGUCCCCGAACCCCUUCAUCCGCCCAUUACAGAAGAGAUGGGUUAUGAACCGCCAAUCCUUGAGAGUGCUGCUGGACCUCAUACAAUAGUCAAUGGCAAGGAAACUGUGAACUUCGCAUCAGCCAAUUAUCUUGGACUUAUAGGAAAUGAAAAAGUGAUGGAAUCAUGUACGGCCGCUUUGGAGAAGUAUGGUGUUGGGUCAUGUGGUCCUCGAGGUUUCUAUGGGACAAUAGAUACACACCUUGAUUGUGAAGCCACAAUUGCAAACUUCUUGGGGACUCCUGACUCAAUUUUGUAUUCCUAUGGUAUUUCUGCUGCUUUCAGUGCCAUUCCAGCAUUUUGCAAGAAGGGCGACAUUGUCAUUGCUGAUGAAGGUGUGCACUGGGCGAUACAAAAUGGUCUUUAUCUAUCUAGAAGCACUAUUAAGUUUUUCAAGCACAAUGAUAUGAAGUCAUUGGAAAGUUUAAUGGAGAAAAUUACGAAGGAAAAUCAGCGAGUGAAAAAGUUGCGUCGUUAUAUAGUUGUUGAAGCUAUAUACCAGAAUUCAGGCCAAAUUGCUCCGUUAGAUGAAAUAAUCAGGUUAAAAGAAAAGUAUCGCUUCCGAGUAUUAGUAGAAGAAAGCAAUUCAUUCGGUGUACUUGGAAAAUCUGGGCGCGGCUUGACAGAGUAUUUUGGAGUUCCUGUUGAGAAAAUCGAUAUCAUCACUGCUUCCAUGGGACACGCAUUAGCUACUGAUGGUGGAUUUUGCACUGGUAGUGUCAGAGUUGUUGAUCAUCAGCGCCUCAGCAGUUCUGGUUAUGUUUUUUCUGCAUCUUUGCCUCCAUAUCUUGCAAGUGCUGCAAUAACUGCUAUCAAUGUUUUGGAGGAAAAUCCAAUGUUGCUGUCAAGGCUGAGGGAUAAUAUUAGUCUCCUACACAAAGGUUUGUCAGACAUACGGGGACUUGUCAUUACCAGCCAUCCUCUGUCACCUAUUGUCUUUCUUAAAUUAAAGAAUUCAACUGGAUCUUUCAAGGGUGAUUUGCAGUUACUUGAGGAUAUAGCAGAACGUGUGCUUAGAGAAGAUUGUGUACUUCUUGCUGUUUCGAAAAGGUCAGCACUUGAUCAUUGCCUUCUUCCUGCUGGGAUUCGUUUGUUUGUUUCUGCUGCACACUCGGAGACAGACCUGUUGAAGGCAUCAGAAUCACUGAAGCAAGUUGCCAAAUCUGUCUUCUCGGAUGACUUGGGCUGCUAAUGAUAGGAAGAGUAAGUUGGGGUAAGAAGCGGUAAGAUCAGGAUCAACUCGGGUCCAAUUUCUCUGAAAUGUUGUAGAUUGUGCUGUGGCACUUGCCAAGCUGGUGGUCUCAACAUGGUGGAGGCACGCUGUGAAUGGAGUUUGCCAAACUGUUAUCAGCUGCAGUUGACUUUCCUAGUUACACUGGUGUUUCUGCUGUAUCUCCCUCAGGUUGCAUGUUAGGCUUAUCUGAAUUUGUGAAGCAUCAAGGUUGUUUUGUUGGCACAACUGUGACUGCGACUCUGAAGAAUUAUGAUUGAGUCCUAUAGGAUAAAUGGCAGUUCUAAUCUUAUAGAUAGUUUAAGAUUCUUUAUAGCAAUUGAGCGAACAUGAAUGUGAUUCUUUUUGACGGUAAAUUUUUAUUUCGGCCAAUUGUGUUUUCUGGUA